AUGCUACCCAAUGCUAGUAACAAAGAAGCCCAUCGUGCGAGCAUGGGCCGACCAAAGGCCGUACCUUUCAUCACCAAUGGGUGCUUGGGGCGCUUGGAAGUGACGCUUGAGACUGGGGUCAUGAUCAUUGAAUGGGAACAAAAGCUGAGGACUCAGAUUACCUCUCGUUUAUUGAGCAUGCACAUACAGAUCCGCUAUGGAGGUGAUCCUAUCAUGGGAAUCGAAAGUGCAAGGUAUUAUCCGCCCAUUAUCAAUGAAUAUGAAGCGACUUCGUCUUGUUGCUUAUAUAUGCAUAUGAGUGAUAUGUCUCACCACUCAGCUAGUACUCUCAGCUACCCGAUCACCGAGGUCACCCUCGUGAAUGCCAGAGGUGAGUUCAUCACAUACUCGAAGGAUCUGAUCCCGCAGUUGAGCACCAUCUACACUGUGACACUCCGAGUUGAGCUUAUGAAUACUCGUCUACAGAUGAAUGCUCGUCUACAGAUGCAAAACUCGAGCCCCACAGCGGUUUCCUUCGUGGGGGAGUCUGAUACUGGAUGGUCCUUCGAGCUGAUUUGA